CAUGUGGAUCUUCAUAUUUUUCCUAGUUGCCAGCCAUGUGGAACAAAGUGCAGCGCGACAAUGUCUGGACCAUGCUGUGCCCGAGGGGCAGCGACUGAACGUCACGCUGGAUGGAGUAUCCGUGCCUAUAGGGAUUGCAUCGGGCAAUUGGAAUUCGGUGGAGCUGGUGAGCAAGAUCUUUGGCAUUCUGGUUUCUGAGGUGGUUGGAUACCAUGUGGUUGAUGGUUUGGAACAAGGGAGUGCUGAGAUGAUCUACCGUUUAUCUGGUUGCCCUCCAUCCAUGCAGAGCAUCAACGAGUGCUGGAAAUCUCCGCGUCGUUUUCACUUUGCAUUGGAGACCUGGGAGGACACGGUCACGGCCGCAUGGGAUGCCACCUUUCGAGAAAUGGGUCAAUUCGCUCCAGUGAACUUGGGCAGUGGCGGAUACGCAGGUUAUGAUGGCAUGUACAUCCUGGAACGUGCGCGGGCUGAAUCACAGGCCCACACGGGCAUGUUAUUGACCUACUACAGCAAUUUCAAUGCGACGUGGUUUCAUCCAGAGACUUACUGUGCUCAGGUCCAACACAUUUUGGCGGAGCGAGUGCUGACCUGCAGCGAGGCGGUGAAUCUGCUGCACCCCGAGUAUGGCCAGGAGUAUUUGGAUGCCACCGGAGACCUUGGUGGUAUCGAAGACGCUGGAAACGGUUCCAUCCGCUUGAAGUGCUGGAAGGAUCGAUGGUGGGUGGCUCCGGCCUGUCGAAACAACGACGUCGACGUGGAGCGCUGCGUGGCGGUUGUGACGUCUGGCGCUGGCUGGGGCCUCCACUUCAUGAUCCAGCAGGCAUUUUGGCACAACAUGCCGCUGGCAUUUGCAACGGCCAUCAGCGAACAGUACAUCUCCAUUAACCGCGAAUUUCAGUCGGUGUUGUACUGGUGGACGCCCGAUGAAACCUUUGUGCUGCAGAAAGGGAUGCCCCUGGUGUUCCCCCCUCACAGCGUGUCGGAGUACAAGGCCGGCAUUUACGCCAGCGCACCACGUCGCCGUAGUUUGUUCAAAUGGUCUGCAGCAGGGAUGGAUAUAGUGGCGGAUCGCGCCUACGGCUUGGCAAGCAAUUUAAACAUUGGAGAAAGCGAUAUCUCCAAUUUGCUGUUGUUGCACGCGCAGAACCUUCAAGAUGAUGGAGCAACGGAGAUCUGGGACACAGCCUGCCAGUGGUUGAAGGAAAAUACCAAUGCCUGGAAGAGCUGGGUGCCGGAUCAGACCGUCUGUGCUGUGGGGAAAGGCUUGGUGGAUUUGCAAGGAAACUUUGUAAUGCAACGUGAGCAAGCGGUGAAUUGCGGUGUAUGUCCCCCCGGAUUCGCCUCGCAGAAAGAAGGGGCCACUCGCGUGUGCUCGCCCUGUGAGCCGGGCUUCUAUCAGAACUCCUUUCGAGCCUCUUCCUGUACGGCCUGUGAGCUGGGUUCCAUCGCUUCGGAACCAGGCUCCGAGACCUGCCGGCCCUGCAGCCUGGGAAGCUUCGCCAACCGCACCGGGCAGAGCACCUGCCACCGUUGCGGCGCGAAGGAGACUGAGUCGGCUCAAUGGACCACUAGUCUGGAGGUGAAUUCCGGGUCCGACGGUUCCAGUCGAUGGAUUCAGGUGCAAGGAGCAAGUUCUGCUGACUACUGUGCCUGUGUCCAGGGCACCUUUCUCUUUGAAGAUCGAUGCAAGGCCUGCACGGAAGGUGCCAACUGUCCCGGCUCCAAUCAACUUGAGG